ACCGGUACUAUACAAGAAACUAAACGUGGCCCUGGCAGACCAUCAAGAAAAGUUGUAAAUUGCAAAUAUUGUUCGGAAUACUUUAAAAGUGCUAAAAUGUUACAUCAACAUAUUGCAGAAAACCAUAUUACAACAAUGAAUUUUUCGUGUAAAAUCUGCAAUGAAAAUUUUUCUUCGAAAAAAGAUUUGAUUCUUCAUUUAUCCAAUUAUCACAAAAAAACUCGUCGUCUAACAAGUUUUAUGAGUAAAAAGAAAAAUUUGCAAAAUUUCUUUUAUUGUACGAAAUGUGAUAAGAAUUUUAGCACUAAGAACACUUUACAAAAACACCAGGAGAAUCAUGAUAAAAAACGGUACGUUUGCAAAGAAUGUCUACAAGAUUUUCCCAAUAAGGAAGAGUUAAAUGCGCAUACUAAGACAGAAGGACAUGAUAAACCCUUACUGUGUCCAGAAUGUGGUUUGCGAUGUAAAAGUAGUAAUAUUUUGACUGUACAUUUGAGACGGCAUACUGGUGAGAAACCAUUUAAGUGUAAAUUUUGUAGUAAAGGAUUUCCGCGCAUGGAUGAUUUGAAAAUACAUGAAAAAUAUCACACUGGUGAAAAGUCACACUUUUGUGAGACUUGUGGCAAAGGAUUCUUUCGCAAAUAUAAUCUACGUAUACAUCUACGUGUCCACACUGGCGAGAAGCCUCACAAAUGUCCCCACUGCCCGCAGGCCUUUGCCCAAAGUAAUGAUUUAAAGGCUCAUAUCCGCCGUCAUACGGGUGAACGUUUUCGUUGUGAAGUAUGUAAUGCAGGAUUUUUACAAGGUUAUCAAAUACGUCAACAUAAAUUGCAAGAGCAUGGCAUACACGAAAUACCACCAACACAAAGAUUGCAAAAAUUUAUGUCACCCCAAGAACAAGAGGAACAAAUAAAACAAAACUUGCAAACGGGUUUGGAAUAAGUUGGAUUUGAAAAUGAAGGUAAUUUGUUAUUCUGUUGCAAUGAAGUAGUAAUUGUUAGUUUUUUUCGUUAAUUUGGCUAAAUGAUGACCAAAAUCAAAAUAAAAAACUCAGCAAUACUUCCUCUUU